AUGGCCAAACGCCUGCUCUAUACGCUUGCUUGGGGUUUGGCUGUUAGCCAAGUCGCUUGCAGCCAGAAGCCCAAGCAACAAGAGUAUACGAAUCCUAUUCUUCCAGGAUGGAACACAGACCCGAGCUGUACCUUUGUCAAAGAACUAGAUAACACAUUCUUCUGCACUACGUCUUCGUUCUUGGCCUUCCCUGGGAUCCCAGUAUUUGCGAGUAAGGAUCUUGUUAAUUGGAGGCAUGCUAGCAAUGCUUUGACUAAGGAAGAACAACUUCCCGAGCUUUCAAGAAGAGGGUUGGAGUAUGAGGGUAUCUGGGCUUCCACCCUCAGGUACCGGAAGGGCAUGUUCUAUCUCAUCACCACCUACGUUUCUUGGAUCGAUGGAUGGGGCCCCAUUGUCCUUCUUUUUACAACCAAGAAUCCCUACGACGAUUCUGCAUGGAGCGGUCCUAUCCGUAUUGAGAAUCCGGCUAACGAUAUUGAUCCAGACAUCUUUUGGGAUGAUGAUGGAAAAGUUUACAUGGCAGUUGCUGCAGGCAUCUACGUCAGCGAAGUCGACAUCAACAAGGGCACUGCAACUGAGCCUUUUAAGAUCUGGAAUGGAACUGGUGAUCGUAACCCUGAGGGACCCCAUUUCUACAAGAAGGAUAACUGGUAUUACCUGCUGAUUGGAGAGGGUGGAACUGAGUUGAACCACACUGUGACUAUUGCCCGAUCGCGCAACAUUCGUGGACCUUAUAAGGCAUACGAGGACAACCCCAUUCUUACUGCAAAGAACACCGAGGAAUGGUUCCAGACCGUUGGCCAUGCUGAUUUAUUCCAAGAUGCUUCUGGAAACUGGUGGGGAGUUGCACUCGCGACUCGCUCAGGCCCGGAAUGGGAAGUCUAUCCCAUGGGCCGCGAAACAGUUCUCGUGCCAGUGCAAUGGAAGGAGAACAAGUGGCCGAGUCUGGAUAUGGUACGAGGAAAGAUGUCUGGGCCUCUUCCACCAACUGAUAGGCAGGUCCCAGGAACUGGCGCCUGGGUCGACGCUCCAGAUAAGGAGGACUUUGCUGUUGGAUCAUCUCUGCCUCGGCACUGGUUCUUCUGGAGACCUCCUAAGCAAAAUCUAUUUACCAUCUCACCAGAGGGACAUCCCAACACCUUAAGGGUUCUUCCAUCCAGAGUCAACCUGACUGCAGAUGAGAAAUACGACCCAGUCAACGAAGGAUUAGGCUUCUUGGCACGCAAGCAGACAGCCUCGGUGUUUACUUAUAGCAUCGAUUUAUUAUUCGACCCCAAGGUUGCCGACGAAGAGGCUGGCAUUACUGUCUUCCUCACACAGACGCAGCAUAUCGAUAUUAGUAUUAUCAACGUCAAAAGCAAGAACAAGAAGGAGGUUACACGUAAGCUGAGGUUUAAGGCCGAAACUUCAGGAAAACCUGACGUUCAGGCUCCUGAGACCAGGAUUAGGAGUAUCCCUCAGUCCUGGCUCAAGGGUCCUAUCAGACUUGCAGUAACCGCUACUCGUGAUCACAAAUAUGAGUUUUCAGCGAGCUCAGCAGCCAAGCCGCAUAAGAUCAAGAAGCUUGGAUAUGCCAGCGCUGAGAUUGUCUCUGGUGGUAACGGACCUUUUACAGGAACCAUCGUUGGUGUCUUUGCUACUAAGAACGGCGGCAAAGGUAAAACACCUGCGUACUUCAGUCGAUGGAGGUAUACUGCAGUUUCCCAGGAGGUUGGGGAGGGAAGGUUUGUCCCGGCAUAAUUUCAGCCUACAGCGGUCGAAGACGAUAAGGACCGAAGCUUACGUGAGCUUUGUUUCUCUGAUUUUAGGUUAGCAGCAAUAUAAUGAGAUACUAAA